AACACACCUAGUAGUCUAGUCCCUAUACCUACUUGGCUAAUCCACAUGAUGAGUAGAUAAUAGUGUCAAAAUAAUAAUAAUAAUCAAAAAAAUAAUAAAAGAGGAGACUCCAAUAUGAAGACUUGGUAAAGGUCGUCUUUCCCUCUAGCUAAUACUUGGUACUACUAUGAAGUUUGGGUGAUGCUUCCUUUCUCACUCAGUGUGUGUAGAUCCAUUUUCACCAUUUCAUCAUCAUUUCUACACAACUUCAACCACCACUCUUCUCUUUCAAUAAAAUACUCAGCCUAACUAGCUUAUAUUUCGCCGGCCGCGCGCGCCAUGUUAAUUAUAUAGUGUUGGUUGUUGAGACGGCGGCAGCAGCGGCGACGACCACCUUGGAUAACCUUGUGAAGUAACUUUGCAAGCAGCUGCAUAUAAAAUUGGCCAGCGUAUGGGCUGAUGUCUCCACGGUAACAGUAUAUUUGAUCACAGUUCAAACUCCUGUGGGUAUAAAAAUGAUGGAUGCUUUACUUCAAAUAGCGCCAAAGAUAUACGAGUUUGGGAAAAAAUUCCUGCAGGUGGACAUGAGAUGUACUGAGCUAAGCAAUGUACUCCUUGAACUAGAUAGCAAGGUGGAAGACAUGAAUCAAGAAGUGAAAAAUCAGGAGGCGCAACCAGGUAAGAAGCGCAAAAAGGUGGUGGACGCCUACUCCGGCCAAGCAAAACGGUUCAGAGACUCAGCACAAUCGGUAUUAGACAGCUGCAGCAUGGAGGAACACUGGAUGCUGACGCGUAUGACGUGGGUACCAAGAAUUGAGAAACACUACAAGGAAGGACAAGAGCUUUUGACAAAAGGAAGACAGUUACGAGAGGAUGGUUUGACAUACGACGAGGUUAGAGUACGCGGUGAGAUGCUUCCAUUGGAGGAUGAUCAGUACAUUGGGAAGACCUUUUCUAGGAUCAGGGAUUCAGCUUUUGAAGCCUUGAAAGGUGGUAGAGUUCAAUGUAUUGGUAUUUAUGGAUAUACAGGAGCAGGAAAGACUAAUCUCAUGAAACACCUCUACAACAAAGUUUACCAAGAUGAUGAGGUGUUUAAGGCCGUAUUUUGGGCCACGGCGCCUGAUAAUAAUAAUGGUAAAGGACACUACAACAAGGCGUUGCAGAAGUGUGUUGCAGAUGGGAUGUGGAUUGAUUUGGAUAAUGAUGUUGUUCACGACGAGGUCAGGUGUGCAGGUAAGAUAAUGGCCAGACUGCGGGAUAUAGGCCCGGGCCGUACACUUCUUUUCUUGGAUAAUGUCAAGGAAGAGUUUCCAGCUUAUGAACUACUAGGAAUACCAGAAAGUAGUAAUACUAGUAAUGGUGUCAACUGUAUCCUGGUGAUUAGUACAUUGUCUAAAGACGUAUGUAACAAGAUGGGGUGUGAUCUUCCCCUGAAGAUGGAGCUGUUGGAGAAGGAAGAAGCCAAAGAUCUGUUCUUACAUGAAGUAAAACGCGGGGAUAAUUAUAAUAAUGAUGAGAAAAGGAUUAAAGAAGUAGCGAUCAAAGUUGCAAAUCAAUGUGCAAAAAUGCCACUUGCUAUAAUAGUUAUAGCGAGGUCUAUGGUUGGGAUAAAAGAUGUUCGAGAAUGGAAUAACAGGUUGAAUGAAAUGAUGGGAAUGAUAUCAAGUAUUCAUGAGGAAGAAGAGAAGAUAGUUGAGCAGCUGAAAUUUGGGUAUGUUUGCUUGAAAGAUAGAACAGUUCAGCUUUGCUUUUUAGCAGCAGCUAAAUUGUUGCCGAAUGAUUGUCAGAUUACGAAAGUGGAAAUGAUUGAAAAGUGGAAGAGUUCUGGGUUAAUUGGUAUGGAUCGAAAAGGCAAGCAUGUUGAUGAUCAGGGUCAUGUUAUAUUGAAUCAGCUUGAAAGGAUGUGUUUGAUUCAAGUUGUAGCAGAGUUUCAGACUGUUACUAUGAAUAAAUGGAUCUGGAAAAUGGCGAAUACAGUUUCUUGAGUAGUUGGCUACUUUAAACAAUGAUUUUAAUUACGGAGUACUACAGUUUUGAACAAUUACGAUUGUGUUUAAUUGCCUUGUUUUGGACCUAAUUAAGUUUUUUUCAUUUUUGGGGACCAACUUGAAUUUGUUUCAUGUGAAAUUAAACAUGCUUAUUGGUUUAUAUGCUCUACAAUUGAAUACAUUAAAUAUUAAAUAUAAAA